AUGGAUACAAAAUCUGUAGAGAAGAAUUCUGGAUCCAAGCUGAGUGCCAGUAGAGGAACUUCGUCAAGUGACAAGCGAUACAUAGUUCAAAUAGAAAAGGCAUUGGCCACAUUCUCUUCUUUGGAGGAAUGGGCAGACUACAUCACAUACCUUUCCAGACUCCUGAGAGCACUUUCGCUACCGGAGAAGUCGCGCUCUGUCCUGUGGAUUCCACUCCAUGAAAAGGUUUCAAAUAAGUUGGCCCUAUGUCUCUCCCCAACCUUACCAAGUGGAGUUCACCAAAAAACUUUGGAAUUGUAUGCAUCCAUUUUUGAUGCAUUGACAUUGAAGGAGCUCAACAAGUUGGUUCCAGCCUGGUUGCCAGGUCUUCUCCUGGUACUUUCGUACGGCUCGACCCAGGUCAAACCUCAGCUUCUAGCUUUGUACGAGCAUAAGCUUAUAGAGCAUCUAGACAAGCUGACUCUAAGGGUCGUCACACGGCCUCUUAUCCUUUCUCUUCUCCCCGGAUUAGAUGAUGAGAACUCAGAGAUCUACUCAGAUUGUCUUCGAGUGCUUGAGCGUUUCAAAGAAAGACUAGAUCAAAAUUCACAUUUCUGGCAAAAUUUAUUCCUAUGCAUAAUCUCCAGUCCCGAGAAAAGAAUUGGCGCGCUCAACUGGUGUUUGUCGCACCUCCCCGUCUUCAGCACAAUUCAACUGGGAUCUGAUGAAGUAUUCUCCUCAGAGGCCCAAUCUUGUUUGGGAGACAAAGGCGGUUUGCUAAUCCGAGCAUUUGCCUCUGCUUUGGACACAUCCACAUCGUUUAAUCCAGCUACUGAUAUUAUUGUGGUUCGAGGUUUUUUUGAUUUACUAUUGGCAAGACUCCCCCUCAACUCGCCAGUUUUGACUAGUGUCUGUUCUGAAACCGAGAAGCAACUUCUUAUCAUGGCAUGUGUUAAGACUACUUUAAGAAAAGAGAUGAGUCUCAACAGAAGACUCUGGACAUGGCUUCUUGGCCCUAACUCGAGCUAUGAAGGGCUGGAACCAAAAGCUCGAAAAGAAUUCUUUUCUGAACAUGCACUUCUGUAUGUAAAGAGUGGCUUGUUAGCUUUGCUCAACAGCCCCGUUUUAAAAGACAGAUUAUCUGCUCUAAAGAUGAGCCUUUCCCUCAUUAUUGAUAAAUGGGAAAUAAGCCAGCUCGUCACCCCUUUGGUGUUUGAAACAAUUUUGAGAACAUGUGAAGCUGCGGUGCGUGAAGAUUUGGAUGGUUUCCAAGAAAUUUUGCAAGACACAAAAUUGUUCUUUAAUCAGGUAGAAACAGCCUUCAUCUGGCGUUAUAUUUCAUGUGAUUUGAUGCAGCUGAAGAUUGAAAGUGAUCAGGAACUUCUUUUGUUUAUCCUCAAGACGUUCGAUCUUCCUGAUGAGGCAUCAUUUGAACAUAUACAUCUUGCUAUUUUGACAUGUCUUCUGAGCUUCGAUUUGAAUCAAAAGUCAAUUUCAACCCUUGAAUCUUUAGUGAGUCUAGCCAAACCUGAGCUACUUCUGGCAUACGAAUUAGAUUCUACUCAUCCAUAUGAUAAAAGGGAAAUUAUCCGUCUGGUAAAAGAGUAUUAUGAUGUUUUAUCUACUGAUGAAAAUGGAGAACUCCCAUUGAGUGGAGAAAAGAUAACAUUCAUAAUUCUACAUGAACUCAAAUCACUCUACGGCAAUCAAUUGCUGAGUUCAUUGUAUGGCUUACGUCUCGCAAGUAUUCUAUCCGAAUUUGUAUACGCUGUUCCAUACUCAGAGGGUCAAAUGGACGUCUCUGAUAUUGAAUUGGUCAAAUCCGUUCUUGAUUUGGACCAUGCGCCGUUUUUAAAGAGUGAAUUGCUUGACGAUACAUGUGUCUUUGGCAUUUACAAGUUACACAGAUAUUUUUUGACAAAGAUGACAAAGGAUCAGAAGUUAGAAUUCUUAAGACUCAUUACAUAUCAUUUCUGGACAAUUCUUGUUUCCAACUAUCCAGCAAGAAACCAAGUCGAAUCUGUUAAAGCCAUUUUUGAUUUAUCGUCUAGCUAUCAUGAGGGUGAGGUUGAGGCUGGUAUUGUUUCGAUGAUUUUAAAUUCUUCGACUCAAGAUUCGCGUAAUGCAUUCAAAACUCUUUGGAUUCACUCAGUAGAUCUCUAUGAUCCUCACUGUCUCUUGAUAAAUCCGCUUUUUAUCAUUCUUGAUGGCUUAGAAAGAUCGUCUUCUGAUAAGUUCAGAGAAACAAAUAAUUUUCUUUACAGUGCGUACAAAGACAAUACCAUUGGGAGGCUUUAUCACAUUGUGACUGUUCCGAUACUUUCUUUCAUGCGAUCAAAAAAUGGCAGUCAUUUAGUUACUGCUAACGAUGACAUGGGACUUUUACAUUAUCAUGUGAGGACAUUGAAGAAUCUAAUUGCUUCGAACCGGAAAGUAAUGAAACAUGUUCUUGGUCACGAGUUUGUUGGUGCUGACACCUUGUCCAAAUGCCAGGAGAUUUCUGGUUCUUGGCGUAUUACCAACUACAAAUCUCUUGUACUUAACAUUGCUGUCUACUUGAUCCAACUUGAAUUCAAUAUCUGUGAUACAGUUGAUUUGCAAGAGAAAGCCGAAUAUUCGGAAUGUGUUGCAAAUGCACUCGGAAUACUCGAGUUAUGUAUCGAUGGAUCUGAGACAAACUUCGAUGCCCUAUUUUGCUCUAUAAUUGAUUCUUGUUUACUGCAAAUUCAAGAUUUGAGAGAUUCAAACAAGAAUCUCAGAAACCCAGAUACGAUUCUUGCUUAUCUACGUACAGUUUUUGAUAUCUUGCAAACGACAAAACUAAUGAACGUUUCGCUCAGCUAUGCUAACAAAGCAGAAAACGAGACCGAAUGCAAGCUUGCUACAUUCAUGACCAAAGUCUUUGUUGUGUGCGAUUCGGCCAGUCUUUUGGAAGCUUGGUUUAAACUAUCUAGUACUUUGUUGCACGUCAUUAAAACAAGUGCACUAGAGUAUCUGCUCAGUCUAAAUGCGAUUAUCGCAGCGAAGGUGAGCACUUUGUUCAAUGACUUGAGACUGUUUGAAAGUCCCAGUAAGGAAGCUAACCUGUUCGAGCUAUUGCUCAUUCUUCUCUCCGGAUUAGAAAAUUCUUUGGUGAUCUCACACUCUCAUUUGGUAAGACCAUCUACCAGCGCAUCAACAACAUCUGCACAGGAUGGCGGAUUCUUGGGUAACGUUAUUUCCGGCGUUUUUCAGAUUGAAUCCCCAUACGCUAGAUCGGAGGAAGACAAAGUCAACAUUUUGAUCUUGAACUGCAUUGCUCAAGCAUCAGAGACUGCUUUUGAGCUUUGGAAUUGGGCAGACACUCUGCUGAGCAUUGUUUUGCCCUCCAGUGCCUCUCGCCAGUCUGUAAACUUCUGGACAGCCAAAAUUAAACUUAGAUCUAAAAAAUUCCUCGAGCGAUUAUGUGAACUUGAGCGUCAGAGAGUGAUCGAGUCCAUAAUAGCAAUUGCUGAACCUAUCGGAUCUAAAAUCAAGGUACUUCAUGUCCUUGACAGUGGACGCACGCAACUCAGCGUGCCGUGUAUCUUGGAGUCGAUUAAAAGUCAAUGCUCACCUCAAGCUUUAGUGGAAAAGGAUCGAAUUUUUGUAAAUCCAAACAUCAAAGCCAAGCAAUUGUCAACGUUCCUUCCUCCAUACCUAAAUUCGAUUGACUCGGACGUCAUAGAUGAGCUUUGGGACUCUAUAUCAAAAUUUGUGAGAGAAUCUAUCAGUCAUGUCUCUCAGUACCACUCGGUAUUGCUCGAUCUUCUAGAUGUGAUGCGAGUGAUAGCGCUCAAAAUGAAAAACAGGAAAUUUAAUCAGAAGGAUUUGGAAACAAUGUUCCAAAGCUGUAUGAAUGUCGUUCUUUCCAAGAGGCAAGAGAUCUUCGAGGCUUCUGAAGAUGGCGUUGUCGGAGAGAGUGUAUUUUAUGAUAAAAUGGGCUCAUUUGUAACUGAUUUGAAAGUCUGUCUUCAAGAUCAGGACAAGAUCACGGCUAUUAUCAGCAAUGUGAUAAAUUCAAUGAUUUUACCUAAGAUUAAAAGCAAAACCGAUCUAUUUGAUCCAAAUGUCUCACUCCUUCUCAAAGCUAUUGGUGAAACAAAUCCAGUAAAAUCUUGGAGACAAGUUGUUCAAGACAUUUUUAUGGAUAGCUCAUUUUUCUCCACUUGCCGUUUUGCUGAGAAUUCUUGGAAGGAUUGUGUGCUGCUUUGGAUUUCCAAUGAUCAAGAAAAGGUUUCAGAGUUAAUGUCGCGGGUGAUGCCAUCACAACAAACAGCCAAAGCGAAUAUUUUUCUAUGGAAUGACUCUUCUGAGAUUCAAAACACUAUUUUACAUCUCAGAAGACUUUCUUAUCUAAUUGUUAUUCGGCCAAUCGAUAGUUUCGGCCCACAAUUGAAUGACUUAUUCGCUAGAAUCGCUGCAUUAUGGACAAAUACCCUGUCAGUUUUAGUUCAAAGUGAGAUCCUAACUUUCUUAAGAGCAGUGACGUUAAAAUUUUCAGAUUCGCAUCUCCUUUCACAUUGGGCUUUCGUUACUCAAUCACUAUGUGAUUGUUUUGCUUUGUUCCUUGCAAUGAGUACCAAAGAUCUUUCAUCUUUGGAAGCAGAUUCUCUCUCUCUUCUUUUAUCGGCAUGCAAAUUGUUGGAUCAACUCCUCUUAUUAGGACUGGAUGAAUUUAAUUCUUGCUCAUGGCUAUUCGUGAGUGAAGGUUCUGUUGCUGAAGAAGGUGAGCCAAUUGCACUCAUUGACCGCUUGGCUAAAAAAACAGAGUCCUUGAUGUCGAAGGAGACUCCGAUUUUAGUUUCCAGACCUCAAAAGGGCGAGUUGUCUCAACCAUUACUCCUGGGUGUUCGUGAGUUAAAAAGCACCGCCAUGUUGAAGGUCUUCUUGGGGCUGUUAAGCUAUAUCAAUUAUGAACGUACUUACGAUCUAUUUGAUGGCUCAACUUCGCGUUGUGAGUCGGAAGUCUUACUUGAUUUAGCAUUAUCUGUCAAUUAA